AUGGAUUUCGAACAUAGAAAAGAAGAAAUGACAAAAGUUUCUGUUAUCGACAACAUGGCCUCCAACGAUACUUCGUCAGAGGUGGCAGGCUCUAUGAUAUAUAUCGAUCCCAAGAAGGAAGCAGCGGCUCUCAGGAAGUUUGAUAUUUACCUCCUGCCAGUCUCUGUAGUCUUUCUCGUUUUGUCGGCUCUGGACCGAAACAAUCUUGGCAAUGCUCGAGUCUUUGGCUUUGACGAGGAUAUUGGACUAAAGGGAGACGAUUUUGGCAAUAUCAACUUGUUAUCCAGCGUCUGCACGAUCGUAUUUGAAGUUCCUUGGGUAUUGGCAGUCAAGCGCUUCGGUGCUAACAAGUCGCUGGGUGCUGCUCUCGUACUGUGGAGUUUUUGCACACUUGGAACGGCAUUCAUUCAGACCUACGGCCAGGCUAUCGCAGUUCGCAUGUUACUAAAUGCCUUUGAAGCCGGUCUUGCUCAGAGUUUUGCCUACCUAUUUUCGACAAUCUAUCCCCGAGAGACGGCGGGUAAACGUAUCAUGACGACUAACCUCGCAAUGUGCAUUUCUGGCGCAUUUGGUGGGCUCUUUGCAUAUGCGGUUCAGACCAUGGGUACUCAACACGGACUCGCCGCGUGGAGGUGGCUAUUCAUUGUCGAGUUUUGCAUUACAGUCGUUGUCGGAGGCGUUGGAUGGUUCUUCCUGCCGACUUCAGCUGAAAAGGCAUGGUUCUUGAGUGAAGAAGAACAAGAGACUAUGCGUCUGAAGAGGCAACGUGACCUUGUGCACCGAGGUGACGACAAGUUCGACCGAAAAUGGGUCAAGAUUGCUCUUACUGACCCAUUUGUUUGGCUCCUGGGAAUUGGGUUCUUCACUUCGUCUGUGGCAAUUAAUGGAUUUGGUGUCUUUUGUCCCACCAUUAUUGCUGGCCUCGGAUUUCCUUCCUUGCAGGUCAACUAUAUGACUAUUCCAAUUUACGUUCUUGGCGCCAUCUCGCUUGUCACCCAGGUUUACUUCUCUGACAAACUCAAGAAACGAGGCGUAUUUAUAGUUGGAUGCUGCAUUCCGGUUGCAGUUGGAUACCUUAUCUGUGUUGGUACAGCAAACUCCGCUGCCGGUUACGCAGGCAUGUUUGUUCUUGUUUUGGGAAUAUACCCCAUUUCUACCCUAGUCGUGACCUGGGUAUCUACCAAUUUGUCUCCAGACUCCAAACGCGCCAUUGGAAUGCCCGUGGCUUACUCUAUUGGCAAUCUAUCUGCGCUGGUAGCAUCACAACUAUACCCCACCCAACAAGGCCCGCGAUACAUUGUUGGAAAUGCCGUCUCUGCCGGUCUUUCAGUCGUUGCCGGACUCCUGUAUGCGGCAUGCUGGAUGCUGCUCAAACGUAGAAAUGCACAGAAGGCCAAGCUUCUUGCUGAAGGGGCCACUACCAAUGGUUUAGAGGGAGACAUGAGUUUGGACUCUAUGUACAUUCUUUGA